UGCUGAGGAGGCUAUGAGUAAAUAUCUGUUAGAAAAGUUAAAAUUGAGAGACAAAUGGCUUGGAGUUUGGAAGACUAAUCCUGAGCUGUUUUUUGUGAAAUAUGAAGAAGCUUCUAUCCCUUUUGUUGGUAUACUGGUCGAGGUAACUUGUAAACCAUACCAGGACUCAUCGUCUUGUUUUGAAGUUACUGUUUCUGUUGCGGAGCCGUUUUCUUCUAACAUUGCCAACAUUCCACGGGACUUGGUUGAUGGGGUUUUGGAGGAACUGGAGUACAAUGUGCCUCUCUUGGAAGUGUAUCCCAUUGAAGGACAAGGGGCAGAUGUAUGGGAUAUUGCUCUGGCCUUGGAAGUUGUCAGGUUUUUUUAUGAUUUUCUUUGGAGAGAUUGGGAUGAUGAAGAAAGCUGUGAGAAUUACCCUGCUCUUAUUGAAGAAAGAAUUAAUCUGUGGUGUGACAUGCAGGAUGGAACAAUACCUGCUCCAAUCGCACAGCGCUUUAAGAAAACCUUGGAGAAAUACAAAAAGAAGCGCAUCGAGCUCAUCGAAUACCAGAACAAUAUUAAGGAAGACCCAUCUGCAGCAGAGGCUGUGGAGUGCUGGAAGAAGUACUACGAAAUAGUAAUGCUCUGUGGAUUAUUGAAAAUGUGGGAAGAUUUACGCCUUCGAAUUCAUGGUCCUUUUUUCCCAAGAAUUCUGCGACGUAGGAAAGGAAAAAGAGAGUUUGAAAAGGUUGUAACACAUAUUGUAGCAAAGGUGAUGACUACUGAAAUGGUUAAGGAUUUGUCUUCAGACACACUUCUCCAGCAGCAUGAUGACUUGGAUUUGGCUUUGGAUAAUUGUUACUGUGGAGAUACAGUAGUUAUUUUUCCAGGAGAAUAUCAAUCUGUAUAUCUUGCUUUGCUGACUGAUGACAUCAUUAUAAAGGGGACCGUUGAUGGCAUUGUGGUGGUAGAGUCCGGCCACACGACUCUAGAAAACUGUGUGUUAAAAUGCGAAGGAACAGGAGUGUGUGUGCUUACAGGGGCUUCUUUGACAAUUACAGACAGUGAAAUAACUGGUGCCCAGGGUGCUGGUGUUGAGCUGUACCCCGGCAGCACAGCCACUUUAGAAAGGAAUGAAAUCCAUCACUGCAACAACCUCAGGACCGGCGACAGUUCGAAGAGCACCUUGGGUGGAGUUAAUGUCAAGGCUCUUCCAGCACCCAAAUUGAAGAUGACUAAUAAUCAUAUUUACAACAACAAUGGCUAUGGAGUAAGCAUUCUUCAACCAGCUGAACAGUUUUUUGUUGUAGCAGAAGAAGUUCUCAACGAAGGGGCUGCUUCAGGAGAUAAAAUAGAUGACAAAAUGAUCAGCAGGAUAAUGCAAAACCUGAAUCUGGAAAUGAAUAAUAAUAAAAUUGAAGCAAAUGUAAAGGGGGAUAUCAGAAUAGGCACUAAUUAAAGCAUCUAGAUAAAUGCUAAAGUUUUAUACUUCACACAUGUAAUGAAUAUAUCCCACAGAUACUGUAAUUUUAAUGAAGUUCAAAGCUUAUUAAAACCUGAAAAUAUUAAAAUGUUUCAUUGAUUUGCUUUAACAUGUUUUAUUUUUUAGUUAUAUUUUAUUUUUAAAAUAUUUUUGAAAAAAAAUAUAUUUUUUACAAUAUUUUCAACUUAAAUACUAUUCACACUGAACAUUUUUAGCAGCUUAACCUACCCAAAUAUGAAGUUUAAGAAGCCAAAACUGUUCUAGCUUUGUUAAAAAGAAAAGUUGUGCUGCAGACUACUGUCAGGAUGGUUAACAAAGCAAGGAAAAGCACCAUUCAAAUCAUGUAACAAUCUCUUUGUUCAACUGGAUUAUAGGCUGGUGUAUGUCCCAAAUUAGACAUAUUUCACACAAGUAUGGCUGUGAUGAGGUGAAUCCUCAGAACCCACAUUUCCCAAAUCACAUAUUCUCCAAAUGUAUCAUCAGAAAAAUUCAGGAUUUCUAACAUGAUUAUAUAUCAGAAAGGCUAGGACUAGCUCUUUCUUGUCAUUACCUUGUUACCUCAGUCACCAAAGACAGAAUUAUUUCAAAUUAAGAGACUUUUUAAGGAAAAUCUAUGAGGAUUUUUUAGAAACAGGGUCUUGCUAUCUAUAGUUCAGACUGGCCUUGAACAAACUACAUAGAUGAGGCUGCCCUCCAUCAGAAUAUGCUUAAAGAAGGAGGAUUGCUAAGGACAAAUGCAAUUGAGAAAUCUGGAAUAUAUUUAAAUUUACUCAUUGCUACAAAGUGUAGACAUAAACAAGUGUUAGUUAAUCCUAAGGGAUGAGUUUAACUUCAAAGAUGACAAUUUUGUAAGAUUUAGAGUUUAAUUUGGUGCGUUGUCACAACUUGACUGGUGCUUCUUUCCUCGCUGUCCUUACAUGAAGCCAUGGGCCCAAUUCUAUUUUCAGUAAAUGUUUGACAGCUUUUUACUUAGUAA